UACACGGCGGAAGCACAAAUUCUAAUUUCCUGAGUCAUUCCCCCGUGUUUCAAACAAAUACUACAGCAAGACAUAGCGGCUAUUCACUUUUGGCUACAUGUAAAAUUAUAAUUAAAAAAAUGGAAGGCUCUGUAUCAAACCUCGACGUUUGUAAUUUGGCAUAUUUGGGUCAGUUCGAGAAACUAAAACAGUGCAUUUUAUCGGAUAAAACCCUUGCUUGCAAAACAGACCAGGAUCACAGAACUGCCCUACAUUGGGCUUGUUCGGCUGGCCAUACCAACAUUGUUUCAUUUCUACUUGACCUGGGAGUUGAAGUGAACUUGCAAGAUGAUACUGCAUGGACCCCUCUUCACAUUGCAUCCUCUGCUGGUAGAGAAGACAUUGUCAGAGCAUUAAUAUCUAAAGGAGCUCAGCUGAACUCUGUGAAUCAAAAUGGAUGCACUCCUCUACAUUACGCCGCCUCGAAGGACAGAUAUGAGAUUGCCUUGCUGUUGCUUGAAAAUGGAGCAGACCCUAAUGCCACAGACAAACUUGAUUCAACUCCACUUCAUAGAGCGUCUGCCAAGGGCAACUAUCGCCUGAUCCAGCUGCUUCUCAAACAGAGUGCCUCGACCAACAUUCAGGACUCGCAGGGCAACACAGCACUCCACUUGGCGUGUGACGAGGAGCGUGUCGAAGCGGCCAAGUUGUUGGUGGAACAUGGGGCAAGCAUUUACAUCGAAAACAAGGAAGAGAAAACUCCCCUUCAAAUGGCAAAGGGCAGUCUGGGCAACUUACUUCGUCGAAUUGUUGAAGGAUGAUGCGUUACCGGCCGAAGAGUGCAGUCUCGGGUGUAAAACCACACCACUGUCAUCAGCCUUCCUUAUCAAGUGGCAUAUUGUUGUUGGCCACCAAACUGAAAGAGAAGUGAAGCUUUUAUCCUCCUCGUGAGCAGCACAGCAGUUGGCAUACCUUUUCAAAAACACUGAAAUGUACCGGCCCAAACUGCAGCCCACCUUCUGUGAAGUUUGAAUUGUUGCAAAUGACUAAAUAAAAUCAGUGUUACGCUUGUUUAUAAUAAAAUGUGCUUAACCCUGUAAUGCCUGACCCCAGAAAUAAUCUAAUUUGUAUCAUGAAGGAUACAUUACAUGUAGUUCUCGUGGUAAAACAUAUAACUAAAGUGAGGUUGAACCACCGGGUAUGCCGUCACGGACCCCUGAAUGACCCUUAAUUUAUUUUACUUUCACAUAUUUCUUUAUUUAAAUCUUUGAUUGAAUAUUAUGUUCUACUCGAUAUAUACUUAAAAACUUAUACAUUUGAAAUAUUUCAUAUGUUAUUUUUUUCCUUUUUUGGCACAACGCCCCCCACCCCCUCUGUCUUAGCAGAGAAUGGUUCUACUCCGCUCUGGUGCACUCAAGGCUACACUACGUACGUGCCCUCAAGCGGGAAAUUAAAAUCUAUCAUUGUUAUAAACUCUAAACAUGGUGAGUUGACUCUGGUCCGGCGGCUGGAUUUAUCUUGGGUUUACAACCCACUGUGUAUUACAGCAAACGCUAAUACGAUCCAUCACCGAAACAGUACAAAUAAGCAGCAGUGGAACAUGACUUUGCUGUCAGAAAAUCUUGGCGCAUCACUGUUUGAGGGCUUGAUAACCCCAGGGAUGUGGAGUGGCACAGGAUGUUUAGUUAUACUGUUUUGUUGCUUAGCAGGCAGGCAUAGUACUCUCAGUUGUAUUGUAGCCAACAUGGGACAAUAGAUGGAAAUUGUUUAUACGCAUUGGGUCACAUCACAUUAUGGUCUGUUGAAUUUACAGUGGGGAGAACAAGUAUUUUAUACACUGCCGAUUUUGC